UUUGACGGUUGAGUGACAGUUGUCAGUCGAGAAUUAUUGACGAUUGUAUUCGUGCAAUUGUAUUUUUAACAAUUAGUUGAUAUCGACGUGCAGCAAUCAGCAAUUAUUCCGUUGCGCUUUGUUUUCAUUUUUUUAUCCGGUGAUAAAUAAAAGGGGAAAAAUUUCGUUUUGCAUGAAUAUCCCGGGCACAAUUUUAAUUCAUUUUUAGAGGAGGAGCUCUGGAUUUUCCGCUCGAGUUUUUGCGCUAAAAUUAAAUUCGUUGUCUGGUUUUUCUCGACUGAAAAAACGCGGGGCGCAUUACGUUUUUCAAAUACUUUGAAAAUUAUUGAAAUCCCGGGCACCGGUGAUUAAUAUUUUUCGGGGGUCGAAACUGCAUUCAGCCUGAAGACUGACCAUUUAAAAUCCAGGUAUCAACUAAAAGACAAUUAUAAAAAAUGGACGCGGAACUGUCAGAGCAGUUCUACAGAAUUCAGGCAAUCGACAGAGCCCUGAGAAUUCCCAGUGUUAAUUAUCUCUGGGACAAAUCGGCAGCUGUUUAUGGAAAAGUCAAGGGUGCGAGUACAUUCACGAAUUGGGCCUUUGAUAGAAUUGAGACGGCUCUCCAGGCAGUACUGGAGAAAUCAUUGCCAGUUGCCCGCCUGAUGGAGAAACCAAUUUACAAUCUCGACAAAACAUUCUGCCAAGGUCUGGACUUUGUCGAAGUUAAAUUGCCGAUCAUCAAGGAAGAUCCCAAACAAAUUUUGGAUCGUACCAAGUUACUCGUGUCUGAGAGACUCCGUCCGGCUGUACAAAUAUUCAUUGACUUGAAGCAGGAGACAAAGCAAAGAGUGAGAAUAAUAACCCUCCAUACCUACUACAAAGCACACUACUUGAGAGUUUAUAGUUGGCAACAGGCUGACAAAGUUAUGUCAACGGAGACGGGAAUUAAUAUUUUAAAGACUGUUGACAAUACCACUGGCCUAGCUGAACUGAUGCUCGAUAAAUAUUUGCCAGCACUUGAGGAUGAAUCUUGCAGUGACUCUGAAGAUGAAUGCAGCGAACAUCUGAAACUCCAUCAUACGAUUGUGAGACUGAGUGAAUUCAGCAGCAGAGCCUCUCGUAGAAUUUACGUUGCCCUGAUGGAGAGACUCCAGUACAUGUAUAAAAUCGAAAUUCUCAUCCUGAUUCUACACGCACUCAUCGUCAUCCAGGCUAUUAAAUUCGUGGAGACUAUUGUAACAUCUGUACUUAAAUUUACAUUUAGAAUCUAAGACGAGUGUCAAUAGAAAUAGAGAUCAAGAGUUUCAAUAUAAAUUUAACGGAAUUCUCCAGAUAAAUCGUUACGUUUUCUAUCAAUAUUUUUCAUGUACGUCCCAUUGAAAAAUAAAUCAGAAAAUUUUUUCUUCUCAUUUCA